CCCCCAUAUGGUCGGCACAUGUGGGUCCCUGGCCUAGCGGCAGUGGGGGGCAGAGUAAUCGAGGAAACCAGCUGAUGGUCGCCGUUUGUUGGCCUUGUUCGCUUCAGUUCAGUUACUCUUGGACCGUGCUGUGCUCCGAAUCCGCUUUCGCGGCGUUCCAUCGUUCCAGCUCCGAUUUCCCCGAUACGUUCCAUAGCCAAACCACCACCGUGAGAAACCGCCUUAACGCGUUGGUUAAUUGGAUCAGGAUCGGGGAACGAUCUGGGGGAGCGAAGAAGACUGAGAAAAGGACGCCAUCGAUCGAGAUGAUACCAGAUACGGAAAGCGUCUGCCAGACUUCGGAAGCUGCGGUCAGGAGCACGGACGUGUAUCAGAAGAUUAAGAACGCACCGGAAGGGGAAGCGGCCUCGGUGACCGCUUGGAAGCGAUAUCAGCAACUAGUGGCGAUCGUCGAGACCAGGGGCGGAAAGUUCAACCGGAAGUCGAUGAUCGAAGCAAUCUUUCGUGGCAGCGACCUUGUCUACGCGAGUCACUGAUCUCACCGAUCGAACCCGAUCGGCAACUUUGCAAUUCUUUACCAAAGCGAACAACAGAGAGUCCUAUUUUUGCAAUGACGACGGCGUAAGAACGCUUACUAUUUCAUUACCAACGUAAUUAAUGAAUUACCAAGUAUUCAAUAUUAGCUUAAGCUUAACUCUUUUACUGCCGCCCGACAAAGUUUUUACCCGAAGACGGUAGUAAUACGUUAAGUCUCGGUUCACCGUUUAAUUACCAACACGGUAUUAAUUAUUAUUACAAGAUUAACUUUCGAUCGCCGCUGCAACCAUCGACGGAUGGCGAGAGAAAUAUCGAAGGUUAAAAAUGAUCGCGUUUACGAGUGAUAAGGAAGUAUGAAAUUGAUUAUAUACUCGGAAAAAAAAUACCGAACGAAUUAUUAUAAGAUGCUAAAUGCAAUCCGUAGAUAGAAUACAGCGAACCGAACGAAGUAAAAAAUACACGGAAAGCGAAGUUUUUUAUGGAUGCCGAUUGAAAAGAAUUUUGAUCAGCUUCUUGUGCGGGUCUUUGCUCGGUGAAUUCAUGUCACUCCUUGGCAAAGGAAAUAUGGCGUGGAUAAUUACAGUGGGACCGGAACAGCUCGGAUAAAUCGAGACCUGGAGAACAAAAAUUGAAAAUCUAAUUUAUAUACACAAUAGUUAUUUUGAAAAGAAAUAUACAUAUAAUAAUAUACAUAAUAUAUAGUAUACAUAAAUAUACAUGUAUAGGUACGAAAUACAUUUAUAUAUGGGCCAUUGCAACAUUGAAAGCCAUUUCGAUCACUUCUGGACCCGACCAUUUUCUAUUUGGCUGAAAUUAUGUUACGUUAUAGUAACCUACUAAGUACCGUUUUGUGAAUUUUUGCAGAUUUUUCUACCGAACCAAAACAAAGUUAUGAAUUUUUAAAACAAAAAUGUCGUAUUUUCUUCAAAUAACUAUAGCUCUGAUAAAAAUUGACCAAGACAAUAGAGUGUAUCCAUAUUUAGCAACGUUGUUCCAACUGUAUCACGAAUAAUAUUUACGCCGGGUAAUCGAACCCCGAUUAAUCGAGGUCCCACUGUAAUAUCAAACAAACAAUUUUUCCCGCAAUAAUCUCUAUCGAAAUAUUUUCCGGAGAAUGACAAAUGCUUUCAGAAUACAACGAUAAUUUCGAUUUGAUUGUUAUAGUGCCUCGAAGAUCGACGAACAGCGCAACAAUUUCUAUCUCUCCGGGAAUUCGGAAAGGACUCGGAGCAAAGAUAUCUGCGUAGAGUCUAUUUACAUGGUAUCAGUCCUUUAUUAUCGAUCCGUAAUCACAAAUCUAAUUGCAACUCCGAUGAAUCUCCAUCUUCGAUUUCUACUAUAUUAUUUAUAGUAACUAUAUUUAGUACAUUUCGGUGCGAUAUCUUUUCAGUUCUGAACAAAGAUUCGUGCCAUUAUCUUUUCCUCUUCGAAUUGUGCCAUACGUCCAAAAAUACUAAGAAGCUUCUUUUAAAUUUAGAUUAAGAAUUACCGAUACAAUCGAAUCGAUCUACAAAUAAAUUCGAAUGUUAACGAGUAACUGUUCUCAUUGUACA